ACAACGUUUGUGCUUCCUCCCGCAAAACCCCGCCUCCACGUUUCCAUGCAUUGGCGCGCUUCACUUCAUGCUCUGGCUCUCUGCUCCUCCCCGGGUGGCUGUGGUGGUGGACUGACUCUGUAGCGGGCUCCGGGUAAAAACACAGCAGGCAUGAGUGCGGCGGGUAGUGCUCGGUCCGGUUCGGCCGCUGGCCCGGUACAGCAGGGACUAAAAGAGGCUCUGAUCGAAACGCUGACGGCCAUCCUGUCCCCGGUUCAAGAAGUGCGCGCCGCCGCGGAGGAGCAGAUCAAAGUGCUGGAAGUGACAGAGGAGUUUGGUGUCCAUCUGGCAGAACUCACAGUUGAUCCUCAGGGAGCGCUUGCAAUCCGUCAGUUAGCAUCAGUCAUCCUGAAGCAGUAUGUGGAAACUCACUGGUGUUCCCAGUCAGAGAAAUUCAGGCCUCCGGAAACUACAGAUCAGGCUAAAGCCGCCAUCAGGGAGCUGCUGCCAAGCGGUCUGCGGGAGGCGAUCAGCAAAGUCCGCUCCAGUGUCGCGUACGCCGUGUCGGCCAUCGCCCACUGGGACUGGCCCGAGGCCUGGCCACAGCUGUUCACUCUGCUGAUGGAGAUGCUGGUCAGCGGUGACGUCAAUGCUGUGCACGGGGCAAUGAGGGUCCUUACAGAGUUUACUCGGGAGGUGACGGAUACACAGAUGCCGCUGGUGGCUCCGGUCAUCUUACCUGAAAUGUACAAGAUCUUCACCAUGGCCGAGGUGUACAGUAUUCGUACCCGAUCUAGAGCAGUGGAGAUAUUUACCACCUGUGCCAACCUCAUCUGUGCUAUUGAAGAGCUUGAGAAGGGUGCAGCCAAAGCGUUGAUCUUUCCCGUGGUGCAGCAGUUCACAGAAGCGUUUGUGCUGGCUCUGCAGAUGCCUGACGGACCCUCGUCUGAUAGCGGUCUUAAGAUGGAAGUCCUCAAGGCAGUAACAGCGUUGGUGAAGAACUUCCCCAAACCCAUGGUGUCCUCUAUGCAGCAGAUAUUACCCAUUGUUUGGAAUACACUGACUGAAAGUGCAGCUUUUUAUGUGAGAACAGAAGUCAACUACACAGAGGAAGUGGAUGACCCCGUAGACUCGGAUGGUGAGGUUUUGGGUUUUGAGAAUCUGGUGUUCAGCAUCUUUGAGUUUGUCCACACGCUGCUGGAGAACAACAAGUUCAAGAGCACCGUGAAGAAAGCCCUUCCCGAACUCAUCUACUACGUCAUCCUGUACAUGCAGAUCACUGAGGACCAGAUUAAAGUGUGGACGGCGAACCCCCAGCAGUUUGUAGAGGAUGAGGAUGAUGACACCUUCUCUUAUUCUGUCAGGAUCUCUGCUCAGGACCUGCUGCUGGCUGUUGCUGCAGAGUUUCAGAAUGAGAGUGCAGCAGCGCUAGCAGCGGCAGCAACAAGACAUCUCCAGGAGGCAGAGCAGGCCAAAAACAGUGGCAAUGAGCACUGGUGGAAGAUCCAUGAAGCCUGCAUGUUGGCCCUCGGCUCUGUCAAAACCAUCAUCACAGAGAAUGUGAAGAACGGUCGUAUCCAGUUUGACAUGCAUGGUUUCCUGGCUAGUGUCAUCCUCGCUGACCUCAACUUGCCAGCGGCGUCUCCGUUCCUCCUCGGCCGGGCUCUGUGGGCGGCCAGUCGCUUCACGGCAGCCAUGUCUCCUGAGCUCAUCCAGCAGUUCCUCCAGGCCACCGUCAGCGGCCUCCACGACAGCCAGCCACCCUCCGUUCGCAUCUCCGCGGUUAGGGCCAUCUGGGGGUAUUGUGAUCAGCUGAAGCUGUCAGAGAGCACACACGUCCUUCAGCCUUUCCUCCCCAGCAUCCUCGAGGGACUGGUCCAACUAGCCGCCCAGUUCAGUUCAGAGGUGCUCACCCUCGUCAUGGAGACUCUGUGCAUUGUCUGCACUGUCGACCCGGCCUUCACCACCAGCGCCGAGAACAAGAUCUGCCCCCUCACCAUUGCUAUUUUCCUUAAAUAUAACAAUGACCCUGUGGUGGCGUCCCUGGCUCAGGACAUCUUCAAGGAACUGGCACAGAUCGAAGGCUGCCAAGGCCCCAUGCAGAUGCGUCUCAUUCCCACGCUGGUCAGCAUCAUGCAGGCUCCCUCCGACAAGAUCCCCUCUGGACUCUGCGCUACGUCUAUCGACAUCCUGACCACAGUUGUCCGAAACUCUAAACCUCCUCUCUCAGAUAUGCUGGUGUGCCAGGCGUUCCCUGUGGUAGCACAGUGCACCUUACGCACUGAUGACAACACGAUAAUGCAGAACGGAGGUGAGUGUCUGCGGGCUUACGUCUCCGUCUCCCUCGAGCAGAUCGCUCAGUGGAGGGACGAGCAAGGGCACAGCGGCCUCUGGUACGUCAUGCAGGUGGUCAAUCAGCUACUGGACCCCCGGACCUCCGAGUUCACAGCCGCCUUCGUCGGCAGGUUGGUGUCCACUCUGAUCUCUCGGGCAGGAACCCAGCUGGGGGAACAGCUGGACCAGAUCCUCCGAGCAAUUCUGAGCAAGAUGCAGCAAGCGGAGACGCUGAGUGUCAUGCAGUCUCUGAUCAUGGUGUUCGGUCACCUGGUUCACUCCCAGCUGGAGCCUCUGUUGGAGUUCCUGUGCAGUCUGCCCGGCCCGACCGGGAAGCCUGCCCUGGUUGUCAUGACAGAGUGGAUGAGCAGGCAGCACCUCUUCUACGGACAGUAUGAGGGAAAGUUCAGCACAGUGGCUCUCUGUAAGCUGCUGCAACACGGCCUCAACACGGACGACAAACGUCUUCAGGACAUCGUGGUGAAGGGAGAAGAGAUCUACAGCCCUGAAGACGGCAUCCGCACACGCUCCAAAUCAGCAAAGAACCCAGAGCGGUGGACCAACAUUCCUUUGCUAGUGAAGAUCUUCAAAUUGAUAAUAAAUGAGUUGUCGACUGUAGUGGAGGCAAACGCCAGCAGGGCGAACGCAGGAGACUGGAGUCAAGGUGAAUACAAAAUAAUUCUAAUGUUGUUUCAACCCGUGGCUUUUUGAGGGACAUGGAACCUUUCUGCAGAUGGACCUCUGUGUCUAUUUCUUGUAGUAAAUUAUUGGUGGAAAGUUAUGUGAUCA